AUGGCAAACACCAGCAAUAAUAGUAAUGGGACACAUCAGCACUCGAAACUAUUCUCAUUCUUUCAGCCCUCUCCAACCCACUACAACACGAUAUCCGAUGAUGAGCUUGAUCAAACAUUUGGGAGCGGCAGUGAAUAUGUGUCGUUAAGAGAAAGGAGAGAGCUGUCGCCUACCAUAGAUCAGAAUUCAUCUAGUAGUGCUCUGAUACAGUCUGCUAUGGCCGGCUCACCAACAAUUGUUACGGCACUAUCACCUCAUAAUAGGUCAAACUCGAUAAUAGAAGCAAGUGUCGCACUCCUCACGCCCAUACUCCGCAAUGAUGCUGGAAGGAAAUCUGGCGUUCCACCUGAAACUGACUUCCUCUUUUCGCUCAUGCACUGCUCCACGCUGGAAGAUGCUCAAGACAUGGCUAGACAUCGAUACGAGUAUCUGCGGCACAAUGACGAUGCGGCCAAGCUGCAUCGGACGCCAUUCUACAGAGUUGCGCUGUAUAGACUACCGGCUAUAUGUCUGACUCUCUUUCUGGAAGUGAUUGUUGGACUCGUCAUAUCAAAAUAUAGCACCGUGUUAGAACGGCACAUCCUUCUGACGUCGUUUAUGCCGAUACUGUCUUCGAUAUCUGGAAAUAUUGGACUCCAAUCGUCGACGUCAACGCUACGGGCCUUGGCAACGGGGCAUGCAUCAAACGCCCAAGUAACGGACGUGUUGAAGGUCGUUGUAAAGGAAUUGGCAUCCGCCGUUUGUGUCGCUGUGCUGGCUGGUAUAGCAUUAGCUACGCUAGGUGGUCUGUGGGCUCACACGUGGAGAUUUGCUGCUGUCACAGGCACGAGUAUCUUUAUUGGUGCAUCGCUGGCUGGAGUUAAUGGAUCUCUAGCUCCACUGAUAUUCAAAGCAUUCGGAAUAGAUCCAGCUGUGACAGCCGGUACGUAUUAUCUACCAAUGUAA